GGCGGUGGCGUUUUUUUUCUACCCGGAAACCACGGCUGCCGGACCCUGAGAGGAGUCUGUGUCGCGGCGGCGUGAGCCGGACUGGCCUCUGGUCCUCGCCUGGGCCCCGUGGAGCCCGAGGCCGCCCCCGGCGCGGCGGGGAGGAUGGUGCCGAGCGGCCCCCGGCCCGCCGCGCGCCGCCGCGAGUGAUCUCUGAGCGGCCGCGGGCGUCCGCCGAGCAGCUGGCCCGGCCGGUCCCGGGGCGCGCCGCUGCCCACCGGGGCGGGGUGGAGCUGAUCAGAAUAAUGUUCAACAUCAACCCCCUGGAGAACCUGAAGCUGUACAUCAGCAGCCGGCCUCCCCUUGUGGUCUUUAUGAUCAGUGUCAGCGCCAUGGCAAUAGCUUUCCUGACCUUGGGCUAUUUCUUCAAAAUCAAGGAGAUUAAGUCACCGGAAAUGGCAGAGGAUUGGAACACGUUUCUGCUGCGGUUUAAUGAUUUGGACUUGUGUGUAUCCGAGAAUGAAACGUUAAAGCACCUCACAAAUGACACCACGGCUCCGGAGAGCACAAUGACCAGCGGGCAGGCCAGAGCGUCCACCCAGUCCCCUCAGGCCCUGGAGGAUUCAGGCCCAGUUAACAUCUCAGUUGCGAUCACCCUAACCCUGGACCCGCUGAAGCCCUUUGGAGGGUACUCCCGCAAUGUCACCCAUCUGUACUCGACCAUUUUAGGGCAUCAGAUUGGACUUUCAGGCAGGGAAGCCCACGAGGAGAUAAACAUUACCUUUACCCUGCCUACAGCCUGGAGUUCGGACGACUGCGCCCUUCAUGGUCACUGUGAGCAGGUGGUGUUCACAGCCUGCAUGACCCUCACAGCCAACCCCGGCGUGUUCCCCGUCACCGUGCAGCCACCGCACUGUGUUCCUGACACAUACAGCAAUGCCACGCUCUGGUACAAGAUCUUCACGACUGCCAGAGAUGCCAACACAAAAUACGCUCAAGAUUACAAUCCUUUCUGGUGUUACAAGGGGGCCAUUGGAAAAGUCUAUCAUGCUUUAAAUCCCAAGCUUACAGUUAUUGUUCCGGAUGAUGACCGUUCAUUAAUAAAUUUGCAUCUCAUGCACACCAGUUACUUCCUCUUCGUGAUGGUGAUAACAAUGUUUUGCUAUGCGGUUAUCAAAGGCAGACCCAGCAAAUUGCGUCAGAGCAAUCCUGACUUUUGUCCUGAGAAGGUGGCUUUGGCUGAUGCCUAAUCCCACAACUGCCCAUUUUCUAAGAGAGACUGAGAGAACCAUAAUCAUUGCCUGCUGAACCCAGCCUGGGCCUGGACACUCUGUGAAUAUAUUAUCUUGCAAUGUUGGGUUAUUCCAGCCAAAGACAUUUCAAGUGCCUGUAACUGAUUUGUAUAUAUUUAUAAAAAUCUAUUCCGAAAUUGGUCCAAUGAUGCACGUGCUUCACACUGGGUGCAGCGGGAACCCUUCAGCCUCACCUGUGGACUUGGGAUGGUUCUGCGUAGCGCCAGAGAGGAGCGUGAUCUUACUGCUGGGGGAGCAGACCAUGCCGUCUUUGCCAAGGUCACAGGGGCAUUUCAUUGCUGGUGGGGUUGAGGUUUGCUUUGGUUCUUGUUUCAGCCCGAUAUGUACAGAACGUUCCAAACAGUCUGCACCUUCGAUAUGAUACUGCAUUUCCAAAGCCACCAAUCCAUUUUGUGGAUUUUAUGUGUCUGUGGCUUAAUAAUCAUGGUAACAACAAUAAUACCUUUUUCUCCAUUUUGCUUGCAAGGAAACAUACCUAUCUUUCUUAGUUUUUUGUUCUGUUUGUUUUUUUUCUUUGAAGAACAAGUAAAAUAGUCACAUUUUAAUACUACUCUAGUUAGGACAGACUUGUGCUUUUAUCUUGAGUAAAGAGUUAAAUAUUUAAAAAUCACCUACAUGGUAAAGAUCUAAGUUUCAUUUUCCACAUGGAUGGUGAGGAACCUGGUCUUGUUUGAGUUGAGUUGGCACAGAAUGUGCCACUGUCCUUUUCUUCUCUGUUGUCCCUUCCCUUCUUUAUAAAAGUUAAAGCAGUGUCCUCACUCAAAAGAGCUUAAAAAUUAAGUAAAUGGCUCUAGAGUAGAAAUUAGCUGUUCUGUUUUCUGGAGUGCAGCUGGCAGUAUAGAAAAAGAGACAGAUGAUUCAGUCUCAUAGUUGUAAAAGAGCUUCUUCUUUGAAGAGGGAGUGGAUUUUUUUUCUUCUUUUUACUUUUUGCAUAUGUUUUUAUGCAAUGAACAUAUCUUCAGAAGGAAAAUGGCAGCUUGUAGAUCAGUAAUGUGGAAACAAUGCCUGUGAAAUUUGAGGAAAGGACUCCUGAUUUGCCACGUAUCAGGAAAACUCAAAGCAUUUUUCUUUCCUGUGGCAUUUGGAUGAUCUAAAUCUUUUAUCCCUUUUUCUUUCUGCUCCAUAUUUAUGUUUUAAAAAAUUGUGUUACUUUUUCUAGUCCUUUGUUGUUUCUUGUAUUCUUAUGGUUUUUCCUUAAUAGCUCUUUGCCUUAAUAAGUCCUUGUCAUUACUGACUUCUGUGUUCUCCUGAGCAACAUUAUGUAGCAGAAGGGCAAUUAAAACCUUAGAUGUGACUCUCAGCACUUUUUCCCCUGAACUUCAGGUCUGUAGUCUGUUCCCAAUUAGAAUUAGUCCUGCAGUCUGAAAUAAUUGGCCUAGAACAUUUGAUCCCAGGCAUUCUUGAAUGGAAAACAAUUGUGGGCUCUUACUGAAGAUUAUUAAAAUAAUCACUGUAGUAACUUAAUAUGUUAAUAUCCUUUUUUUUUUUUUUUUCCUUUUAGUACAUUUCAAGUGUAGUGAUCAUACUUGUCUAUCCAGUUUUUUUUAUGAGUUGCUUACAUGAUGCAUGGCUAACCUGGUCCUUUAGUUUUCUCUUUAGAGACUUUGAGACUUUUAUGAGACAAGAUUGAGAAAGAGCCAUUUGGCUUGGCCUUUAGAAACAUCAGUAUCAUUAAGACCAACAGAUUUUAGGUUAAGCUGCUACUGAAUUGAUAAAAUCCCCAUGAAGUUGAGUUACAGGGAUAGAUUUAUAACUGGCAGAGUAACACAAAAGGAGAAAGACAGGUGGAAAACGUCAGUUUCACUGGUUUGUUCAGUCCAGCUUGUUGCUAAUGUUAAUUACACUUGUUUUAAUAACAGGGAAUGGCUGGAAUCUCUAGCCAGGGGAGGAAGGACUCUGUUAGGCAUGAGGGAAGGAAGUGCCAAAAAUGCCUGGACAGUAUGACUUGUCCAUGAGGCCAGGACACACACUUAAAAAAUCCAGCAUUCACUCUAGCAGGUAAUUCUCAAAGAUCUUCUAGAAACCUAGAGUCAGUCAGGCGUAUAAAAGAAAUCGGGGAAGAGGAGAGGCCAUGGGCCUGGGUGAAGAGGUCUAGGAACCGGAGAGACUUUCAUGGAAUCUCAGGAAGUCCAGAGUCCUGUUAACAUCUGGGCACUUGGAGACAAGGCCCAGUCCUCCGCUGCGUUUGCUGGGGGACCCUCAGGAUUAGAAGAGCGUCCCACACAGGGCCCACAGGCCAUUCUGAGUGACCCCGCACGGGAGCCCUGGCGCGUCCUCAGGCAUCUUGGACUGGAGGUCCAAUUAAAGGUUAGCAACUUACUAUUAAAUGGUUGUUUCAGAUCAUAUUGAUCUCUUUCCUUUUUCCUUUUGUGCUUUCACUGUAUGACUUGAAUCAGUUUUGAUUCUAUUUGUAAGUUUUUCUCGUCACUAGGAGCCUGCCGUUUCGGUUGCAUUUUCUUUGGCAGUCUGUAGGGAUUCAGUAUCCUGGUUUUCCACCCUCCUGCAGGCGCUGUGGGCUUAGAAGGGCCAGCGGACCCAUCUCACUUACCUUGCUGCAUGAUGGUCAGUAGCUGAUCUGUUACGGCAUUUACUCCCAGAUUCAUUUUCUGUGUUUGAAAUAUGUGCAUAUGUGCUUUACAGAAUAAAACAUCUGAGUUUA